AUGGCAUUAAUAGAUAUCACAUUAAAUGCAUAUAAUUUCUUUAUGACAUUAUCAACUUUUCAACAAAUUUCAUUGUGUAUAUUUAUACCAUUCAUUUAUAAUAUUAUAUGGCAAAUAUUAUAUUCUUUUAGAAAAGAUAGAGUUCCAUUAGUAUUUUAUUGGAUACCAUGGUUUGGUUCAGCAAUUUCAUAUGGUCAAAAACCUUAUGAAUUUUUUGAAGAAUGUAGACAAAAAUAUGGUGAUGUUUUUGCAUUUAUGUUAUUAGGUAAAAUAAUGACUGUUUAUUUGGGUCCAAAAGGUCAUGAAUUUGUAUUUAAUGCAAAAUUAAGUGAAGUUAGUGCAGAAGAUGCUUAUCAACAUUUAACUACUCCUGUAUUUGGAAAAGGAGUUAUAUAUGAUUGUCCAAAUUCAAGAUUAAUGGAACAAAAAAAAUUUGCAAAAUUUGCUUUAACUACUGAUUCAUUUAGAAGAUAUGUUCCAUUAAUUAGAAAUGAAGUUUUAAAUUAUUUUGAAAAUUCAGAUUCUUUUAAUUUAACAAAACAAGAAACAGGUAUUGUAAAUGUUAUGAAAACACAACCUGAAAUUACAAUUUUUACAGCUUCAAGAUCUUUAUUAGGUGAAGCAAUGAGAAAAAGAUUUGAUGCAACUUUUGCUCAAUUAUAUUCAGAUUUAGAUAAGGGAUUUACACCAGUAAAUUUUGUUUUCCCAAAUUUACCAUUACCUCAUUAUUGGAAAAGAGAUGCUGCUCAACAAAAAAUUUCUCAAACUUAUAUGAAAGAAAUAACAAAAAGAAGAACCACGGGAGAUAUUGAUGAAAAUAGAGAUUUAAUAGAUUCAUUAUUAGUACAUUCAACUUAUAAAGAUGGUAUAAGUAUGACUGAUCAAGAAAUUGCAAAUUUAUUAAUUGGUGUAUUAAUGGGUGGUCAACAUACUUCAGCUUCAACUUCUGCAUGGUUUUUAUUACAUUUAGGAGAAAAUGAAAAUUUACAAAAUGAAUUAUAUGAAGAAAUUUCAAAAACUAUUGAAUCAAAAGGUAAAGGUGGAAAUUUAAAUGAUUUAACUUAUGAAGAUUUACAAAAAAUGCCACUUGUAAAUAAUACAAUAAAAGAAACUUUAAGAAUGCAUAUGCCAUUACAUUCAAUUUUUAGAAAAGUUUUAUCUCCAUUAAUUGUACCAAAUAGCACGUAUGUUGUCCCCAAGGGUCAUUAUGUUUUAGUAUCACCAGGUUUUGCUCAUACAGAUGAAAGAUAUUAUCCAAAUGCUUCAAAAUUUGAUCCUCAUAGAUGGGAUGAACCAUCAACAACAAAUAAAGAUUCAGAUGAAAUAGAUUAUGGAUUUGGGAAAGUAAGCAAAGGUGUAUCAUCUCCAUAUUUACCAUUUGGUGGUGGUAGACAUAGAUGUAUUGGUGAACAAUUUGCUUAUGUUCAAUUAGGUACUAUAUUAUCAACAUUUAUUUAUAAUUUAAAAUGGAAAUUAAAAAAUAAUCAUAUACCUAAAGUUGAUUAUAAUUCAAUGGUUACAUUACCUGAAGAACCUGCAGAUAUUAUUUGGGAAAAAAGAGAAACUUGUUCAAUAUAA